GUUCAGUUGUAUUUCGGUUCGCGUUGCGAUCUGUCGCACAUUUUGUCUGGCUCGCUCGCAGAUACAAUAAAAACACAAAUUAAGAGCCGUUUGUUGUGAUCGUCGUCAGCAAGGCGUCAAGGAUCAGCACGUAUUGGACUACUUACCAAACAGGAUAUUAAGCCGAGAGUGAAAUAUAACCGCACGCACCAAAAGAUGGCGACAGUGACGACUGCAAGGGCAACAGCGGCAACGGGGCGUAUGAGUGCUGUGGCAUUAAUUAUUUGCGGCGCGCUGUUGAUGGGCGUGGCUGAUGGCAGCAAUGGCAAUGUUAGCGGCGGCAGCAGCAGCGCCACCGGACGACCUUCCCUGUUGCGCACCGAACUGCGCUUUGGACGCAACCUGGAUCCAUCCAAGGUGCGCGUGGUGAACGUGAAGUCGAGCCAGGGCGAGGAUGUGGAGAUUCUGGUGGGCAAGAACAGCCGCAAAGCGCGCGCUGAGGAGGCAGCCGGUUCAUUUUUCGUGCGCAGCUCGGAUGUCAAGCGGCCAGCGGUUCAAACCAGAAAUGCCAAUGCCAAUGCCAAUGCCAAUGGAAGUGGCCGCCAGCUAGUCUUCGAGCAUACGCCGACACUGCUGAAGCAGAGCGAGCUGGCGCAGCAGCAGCAGGACUAUCGCCAACGCAAGGCCGAGGCCGAGCAGCGACAGGCGAAAUUUAUACAGCUACAGCUGGCCAAGGCGCAGAGCAAGGCCUUGGAGCAGCGGGCGCUGGAGAGCGGCAGCAGCUCGCGAAGCGGCCGUCAGCUGGGCGGUAAUGCCGCCUGGCAGCCAGUGUAUUUCCAGGCACAGCCAACGGCAUACAACAGGAACUUAUCGUUCUCCGUGGAGCGCCAAUGGCAGCCGUUCAGCUAUGCUGCCCCAGUGGAGGCACAGCCUCGCGUGCUGCGUCAAGUGCAAGAUACGCCAAUCAGCUUUCCCAGCGACAUGCAAUAUGCUGCCUCCGAGCCGCUGGAGUACUACAGCCGAGAUGAACGCGCUUAUCCCAGCCACAGGUCACGGCCACCACAGAACCUGAUUACCAAGCACAACUACAACGCCUUGCCACAGAAAUCGAAGUUCGUCACCUAUAUGCCGCACUCUGUGGUGGUCACGGCCAGCGCCGGCGUGGCUGCACCCUCGGCCACGCCCUCACGCCGCCCCGUUCAGGCCAGUCCGCAUCGCAAUCCCAUUGGCCAGAGCACGCACAACGUCGUCGAUGGGCCCGCAGUCACACUCAUCGAAGGAGUCCGCGUCCCAGACACUCCCGAGGACAAGGUGAAGACCUGGCGCAAUGCGCGCGUGCUCAACAACCAGCUGGUGCCAUAUCCCGAGGGCUACACGCCGCCGCGCGUCCAAAUGCCCAGCUUUGACAGAUAGGCGCGAUCGGCUGGUGCCUCCACACAGCUGCACUUGGAAUAUUUCUAC